AUGACGUUCGUGACGCUACCACUCUGUGCAAGCAGAAGCGUUGUACCUAGCUUGAAGUGUGCUGCCUGUCGGCGCGGAAGUCGUUUAGGGCUUGGCGGCCGAUUAAGGUCGAAGCUGCGUUCCUCCCCUGGCUCGUCGUCUCUGAGGUGCCUGCAACCUAACGGGACACCUAGUGCAGGGCACCAGGGAAAUAAAGCAGGAAAUGUGAACACUUUUGGUAAAACUGUUCUUGUUCUUGGGGGGGAUGGAUUUUGUGGCUGGCCGACCGCUCUCCAUCUGUCAGAUCUGGGGUACAGUGUCGUAAUUGUCGACAACUUGUCGCGGCGCAAGAUCGAUAUCGAGCUGGAGUGCGAGUCCUUGACGCCUAUUGCGGCACCGAGCGAGCGCAUCGCUGUUUGGAAUGCCUUGUCCGAUCGCGAGAUUCGCUUUGAGUUUAUGGACGUUGCUCAUGAGUACUGGCAUUUGUUGGAGCUCAUCAAAAGGGAGCAACCCUGCGCUAUCGUGCACUUUGCGGAACAGCGGGCUGCACCGUACAGCAUGAAAGGGAGCCGCCAGAAACGCUAUACAGUUGAUAACAAUGUGAACGGCACCAUGAGCGUGCUGACAGCGGUCGUGGAGUCCAACCUGGAUAUCCAUGUUGUUCACCUGGGCACCAUGGGCGUCUACGGCUACGGCUCCAGUGGCGGCAAGAUUCCCGAAGGCUACCUCGAUGUCGUGCUGCCCUCCGGAGAGCGCCGCUCGAUCCUGCAUCCAGCCUACCCGGGGAGUGUCUAUCACGCCUCCAAGUGUCUCGAUGCGCUGCUGUUUCAGUUCUUUGCAAGGAAUGAUGGGCUUCGCAUAACGGAUCUGCAUCAAGGCGUCGUUUGGGGCACGUUCACCCAGAAUACCAUGCGCCAUGAGCUCUUAAUGAAUCGUUACGACUACGACUCCGAUUACGGCACCGUGUUGAACCGCUUUUUAAUGCAAGCUGCAUGUGGGCUGCCUCUUACGGUUUACGGAAGUGGUGGGCAGACUCGAGCCUUUAUUCAUAUUAGCGAUACGUGCAAGUGUAUCGCACUUGCGCUAGCAAAUCCGCCUAAUCGCGGCGAUCGUGUCAAGAUCUACAACCAAGUCGCAGAGACACAUCGCGUGCGCGACCUCGCGGCUCUUGUCGCCCGGAAAACGGGCGCCAGUGUGCACCAAAUUCCCAAUCCUCGGAACGAGGCCUCCGAGAACGAACUCGAUGUGAGCAACCAGAAUUUUCGUUCGCUUGGCUGGGACCCUGUCACACUGGAGGAGAGUCUGCUCGAGGAGGUGGUUGGUGUCGCGGAAAGAUAUCGGCAUCGCAUUCGCCGUGACAAGGUCAUGCCCAGCAGCUUCUGGAACCGGGAGCGAGAAGAGGCGUGUCGCGCGAAUGCGACAAACUCGAGCGACGCACUAGCCGAGAUAUCGGCUGCGGCGAGUUCCGAGUGGCGUGAUGAGGUGUUAAAGCAGCUGGCCAAUGGUGACGACAAGAAACUCGAGCGUAUGCGCUCGGCGCUGCGAGAUGAACCCUAG